AUUGCGGAAGUGAAACUUAUCAAAGUUAACAUUCACAACACCAAGUGACACGAGUGGUCCAGCUCCUGAAACGAAGAAAAUCAUCUCACAGCGAUGUCUUUGUCCUUUGAGGGGAGAGUUGUGCUCGUCACAGGCGCCGGAGGAGGCCUUGGAAAAGAAUAUGCAUUGGCAUUUGCAGAAAGAGGUGCAUCUGUUGUAGUGAAUGACCUUGGGGCAGACACUAAAGGGGGCGGUAAGAGUUCUGCGGCUGCUGAUAAGGUUGUGGAGGAGAUAAAAGCCAAGGGAGGCAAGGCAGUGGCCAACUACGACUCUGUGGAAGAUGGAGAGAAGCUCAUUCAAGCGGCUCUGGAUGCUUUUGGAAGAAUAGAUGUUGUUGUGAACAAUGCCGGGAUACUUCGCGACCGAUCAUUUGCCAGGACAAGUGAUUUGGACUGGGACCUUAUUCACAGAGUUCACCUGCGAGGCUCGUUCUUGGUGACGCGUGCUGCCUGGAACCAUAUGAAAAAACAAAAAUUUGGCAGAAUCAUCAUGACGGCUUCGGCCGCAGGCAUCUACGGCAACUUCGGCCAAGCCAACUACAGCGCCGCCAAGCUGGGCUUACUGGGCCUGUCAAACACCCUGGCCAUCGAGGGCAGCAAGUACAACAUCCACUGCAACACCAUCGCUCCAGUUGCCGGGUCGCGGCUCACCGAGAGUGUCAUGCCUCCAGAUCUCGUGGCGGCGCUGAAGCCGGAGUACGUUGCUCCCAUGGUGCUCUGGCUCUGUCAUGAACAAUGCCAAGAAAACGGAGGACUCUUUGAGGUUGGCGCAGGCUGGAUUGGCAAACUGCGCUGGGAGAGGACACAGGGCUGCAUCACCAGACAGAAGAACCAGCCCAUGACUCCCGAGGCUGUCAGGGACCAGUGGGACAAAGUUUGUGAUUUUACUGACUCCAACAAGAUGACUUCUGUGCAAGAAUCUCUCCAGUCCAUUAUGACUGUGCUGUCUAAGGUUGAGUCGGGGCACGAUGUUGCCGCCGGCCCAACUGCCGGUCCUGCUGCUGUGGCGUCCUCCAGCUCCGGCAUCAACCCUACGGUAGCAGUGGGUCAAAAACUUCCUCCGACUACGUUCAGCGUCUCACACAUGCAGUGCAUCCUGUACGCCCUGGGCGUGGGCAUGUCCACCAAGGACCCAGACCACCUCAGGUUCCUCUAUGAAGGCCAUCCAGAUUUUAGCUGUCUCCCCACGUUUGGGGUCAUUCCCUCUCAGGCGGCCAUGAUGGGCGGCCUGAGUGCAGUGCCUGGCCUCGACAUUGACCUCACGCAGGUGUUGCAUGGCGAACAGUACCUGGAGCUCUACAAACCACUUCCUACUUCUGGAAUGCUGACCUCGGAAGCGUCCAUCGCGGAUGUGCUGGAUAAAGGUUCUGGAGCGCUCAUUCUCCUGGAUGUGAACACCUACAGCGGCGACGAGCUGAUCUGCUUCAACCAGUUUUCGGUGUUUGUAGUCGGCGCUGGAGGCUUUGGAGGCAAAAGGACAUCUGAGAAAGCCAAGGCUGUGGUGCAGCCACCACAGCGGGCGCCAGAUGCAGUGCUGGCGGAUUCCACCACCAGAGACCAGGCUGCUUUGUACCGUCUGAGUGGCGACUGGAACCCCCUCCACAUUGAUCCCAGCUUUGCCGCCAUGGGGGGCUUCCAGGCGCCCAUCCUGCACGGUUUGUGCUCGUUUGGAUUCGCAGCGAGACAUGUCCUCAAGCAGUUUGCCGACAACGACCCCUCCAGGUUCAAGGCCAUCAAGGUGCGCUUUGUGAAGCCAGUGAUGCCUGGUCAGUGCCUACAGACUGAGAUGUGGAAGGAAGGCAGCAGAGUUCACAUCCAGAGUAAAGUGAAGGAGACGGGCGCUGUCGUGCUAUCGGGCGCUUAUGUGGAUCUACACGAAACGGCGGAGGAGUCAGCCAGUGUUCCUCAGGGCGGCCUUCAGAGCGAGCUGGUGUUUGCUGAGAUCGGCCGCCGCAUAAAGGAGUCUGGCGGCGAGCUGGUCAAGAAGGUCAACGCCGUCUUCGGCUGGGAGAUCACCAAAGACGGCAAGAAUGCCGCAGAGUGGAUCAUCGAUUUAAAGAACGGGAGUGGUGCCCUGCAUCCCGGGCCUAGCGGCGGCAAGGCGGACGUCACCUUCACUGUGUCAGAUGAGGACUUCAUGGACGUGGUGCUGGGAAAACUCAACCCUCAGAAGGCCUUCUUUUCUGGGAAACUCAAGAUUCGAGGAAAUGUCAUGCUGAGUCAAAAGCUGGAGGUUAUCCUGAAGGAUCAUGCCAAGCUGUGAACGCCCACCCCUCCAGGAUGGAAUGCACAUGGAUAGAGGACUGAAUUAAUGAAUGAAUGAAAGUAACAUCCUUAAAUGUGAUUGCUGGGCUUACUUUCUGCUCGUUUUCUGUAUCUGUCCCCAUUAAAAGUCCUGAUUUUGUUUUCCCCCCUGUGAUGACAUUAAAAAUGUGUAUUAAUGAACUGAACUAAAACUGUACAGAAAGCUUAUUUUCCAAAUGUGUCCGUGUAAUAAAAUUAACUAAAGACUCAA